AUGAGGAAUGAAGAACAGGCUGUGGCAGGCAAGAAGACAGAGGCCCCGACGGACGCCACUGAGUCCACUGCCGCACCGACCGAAAUAUUGAAUCCUAGCAAAACGCCAAUAAACUCUGAUGCAUGUCGCAAGAGUCGAAGAGUCUGGUCUGGCGUGCUCCGUAUCCCACUCUAUCCAUGGCUAUGGCUUUGGCUUGACCAGCCCGAGAGUGUCAAAGCUCGAAUGCUGGGAGCAGCAGUUCGUGUUGGAAGGUUUGGAAGGUCGUUCGUGUGGAAGAGCAGAUCUGCUCGGCUGUUCUUUGGUGGCGCAAGGGUGGCAUGGCCUCAUGUUGACGGAAAAGUUAGUUGCAUUUGA